CGACGCCGGAGAAGCUAUGGCGACGACGAGGACAAGCGACGAAAUCGACAGAGAAGCAGAGGAGAAUCGAAAAGAAGCUUUACUAGCGUCAACACAAUCUCUUCAACCUAAUUUCAGUCGUUCCAACGUCACCCAGAAACAGAUUUCGAAAUUACAGGAGCUACACAAGAGACGUAUGCAAAUAAAAGCCAAUACAAAGAUUCAUAAGAAACCUAAAGCAGCGAGCAAGAAUUGUCAGAGUAAAGCAAUUGAAGAUGGCCAACAAAGCUCUCAGAAAUUUAAAGAAUCAACUUCCUCUUCUACCUUAGAAGAACAGAAUCAUAAUAAGACACAAGUUACAGUUCCGACGAAGCCACAAAAGCUGUUUUGGGGGCUAGAUACUAGGGAAAGGUGGGAAAGGAAAGCCAACAUGUAGUGUGAUGAACCGAUAUUCUCGUUAUUGAUAACUUAGUCCAUUGUACAAUUUACCGAAGAUUGAGAUGAGUGGUAGAUUAGAGAAAAGACUCACAUGCUAAAUAAUGAAACAAAGUGGCUUUUUUAUGUU